CUCAUUGAUGGUAUCAACAUUACCAGUGAGGAUAAUCACAUGUGGCUUAUACCAUUUACUCCAGGUCAAGAUCACACGAUUACAAUCACUUUUGAAAAAGUUGAAACUAUUGCAGGUUUGCGAUUUUGGAAUUACAAUAAAUCUUCUGAAGACAUCUAUAGAGGGGUAAGGAAUUCUUAAAUAACAUGUUUAUCCUAUAAUCCCAUACUUUUUUUUUUUUUAACAUUGGCAGAAAAUGAUAACCAGUUGUCAGGUUCAGGAUACAGUGCCGUCUAUCGCUGGUAUAAGCUGUUAUGGUAUAAUGGCAGAAUUCUACUCUGCCUUAGCCAUACCUGCAGUGGGGACCCAGCUGCAGUUACCCUCAUUCAUUAUUAAACUAUUUAAACACAGUUUAACACAGAACAAUGAGUCUGUGCCAGGGGACUUCAAGUACCAUAAUUAAUUCACUAAGCUAAAAUGGCUAUAGUGUCUAGACUGUUCCAUUAAUCACAGGAGCCUGUGCUCAAAUACGGAAUCUUCUAUUCCUAUUUGUGUGGUGUACAUUGAAAAUAAUCAUGCUGAUAUAUUGAUAUACAAUAUAAAAGGUGUAUAAUUUAGUGUAGUAUGGUUUGGAUCACAGGGCAAUAAUGAAUAUUUAAUUGAAAUGUAUUAUACCUUUGUUUUCAUUAGUUGUUCCAGAUGCAAUAACUUACUCAAUACUAAUUAUAAACAUGCAGAAAUAUAAUUAUUAGAACUCUAAACUGUUAAAAUACACAUACGUCUGACAAAUAAACCGUUUUAAGGGAGCCCUGGCUCGAUUUGAUCCCUUUUUAUACAUUUUAAAGAUAAAUGCAUUUAAAAACACCAAUGCAAUUUCAAAAGUGAUUGUUCAUUUUACAUUAUUUCCGUAUCUCAGAUGCAAUAUAUAUGUAUAUGUAAAGCAUUAAAAGAAAAGAUAACAUGAUCCAAUCAAUGAAUAUUAACGAAUAUGACAAUCUAUUCUGUAGGCGAAGAUUGUCCAUAUAACUCUUGAUGGUAGUUGCAUUUCACCAUCAGAAGGAUUCCUGAUACGCAAAGGACCUGGCAACUGUCACUUUGAUUUUGCUCAAGAGAUUCUCUUUGUUGACUAUGUGCAACAACAAACAACUGAUAAACAAACAAGGUAAUAUCCUGCAAUCCAUCAAGUUCAGCCUUUCUCACAUACAUUUUUGCUGUUUCAAAAGUAGGCAAAACG